AUGUUGAAUUCAGAUAUCGAGACGAAGUAUCCAUUGGGGAGCAGACCCAGCAUAUCAUUUCUCCCGGGGCUCAUCGUGGGUUCAUACGUGGUCAGCCUAAUCGGUGCUUUCACAACGGUAGAGCUGCUGCAUCGGAGAGUUUCAGGAGCAGGAUGGCGAUCGUGUGUACAGAUAGGAGGUUGUGCGGUCUCCUUCGGAUUGGUAGCGAUUUGGUGCAUGCACUUCGUAGGGAACCGAGCUAUUGUACUCGGUGACGGUGAAGACGAGAUCCAACUUUACUACAGUUCGACCUUUACCGCCGUAUCGGCUAUUCUACCCGUGGUCGUCAUUUUCCUAGGACUAUUGGCCGCCGACAAGUUUUACAAAGGAAGUAAGGGAUCUUUGGUUCGAUUCGCAUCUCUAGGUGUUUGCGGUGUUUGUGGAGGAGCAGCGGUCACGGAGAUGCACUAUCUGGGCAACAACGGCACAACUAACUAUCGGAUCAUACUGAGUUGGGCACACGUUGUCGGCGCCGCCGUUAUCGCUGUGGGCGCAUGUCUCAUCUCAUUCAGUCUCUUCUUCCAUUGGAGCAAGCACUGGAUGAACAAUGUCUGGCGACGAAUCAUUGUGGCGAUCGUACUGGCCUUGGCUGUUUGCGGAAUGCAUUGGACUGCUGCAGCUGGUACCUGGUAUGAGAUUCGUGGCUAUCACAGCGGGCCUGGCCAGGAACGAAAUACAAACCUGAUCAUCUCCCUGUGCCUUUGCCUGAGCGCAUGUGCCGUAUGCUUUCUACUCGGCUUCAUCAAGCAACGCCAACGACGAUUGGAGAAGAAUCGAGCCCAGCAGGUCGUUUUGGCGAUUGCUACGUUCGACCCUGAAGGAAAGCUGCUAGUUAGUCAAAGUGGGCUGAUGCCGUGUCAGACUAUCACUCACCAAUUCCAUCAAAGAACCUUUGACGACGAGUUCAAUACAUCGCAUCCCGUAUUCCAAUGGAUCUUUCGGGUAUCGCGCAACUGGACUGGCAUCUCCGAUCUUAUUCCGACAAUGCGAGAGCAUCUACAAGCGACCGGUUAUCUCCAAACGCCUACUUAUGCAAGCAACAGCCGGACCUCUCUUGAAACUGACGAGGAUUCGAGCUACUCGGCCACUUUUCGGGAAUUGUUCUGCGUCACAGCUCAUGAGAUUGCGAAAACCCUUGAUACGAGUCUGCAGAACUUGGGAUGUCUAUACGAGGACGUCUUGACGACGGGAACCAUGAACAACCGGGCGAUCUGGACAAACAACUACGGCAACAAAACGAUCGUGGCUGCAGAUGUAGCAACAAAAGAUCUUGAAGCCGCUAUGGUGAAUCCGAUCUUGUUUGGCAGAGGUCAAAUGCUCGUUCUUACGAAGAAGGUUGAUACGACUGAGGCACAUCGGCUACAUAAUCUGGGAUAUGGAUUCGCGAGUGUCGAGCAGGUUAGCGAUCUUCUAGCCCGCAGCUUGCAGAUACCGCGUGACGAUCUCGAGAACCUCGUUGGACGCCUACAUGCGUUCAGCGAGAGGCAAUUGUCGCUCCCCAAGAAAGGUACCUACAUCGGAUCCUUCCUCGUACAGCCUAAGCCUGGUAUGGGAGGCUUGGAUAUUAUUGUGCCGCGCGCUACACCUGGACGCCUACCAAUGGUCAAGCUGAGCGAUGGUGAGCUGGAAAAUCGACACAUGGGCAUCCUUGCGACUUUCAACGGCCUUACUUUAGAUGAUUGCCUGUUGCGAAUCAACAACCGAUCGGUGACGGAACACGAGGACGAUUUGUUCCUCGACAAAUUUCGCAACCGGAUUAUGGAGCUUCUACGGGACUGUCCUGAGGAAACUCUACAUCGCGCGAUAUUCUCAUCGCAGCAGCUCGAUAUGAUGCACGGUCAGACCGAGUCCAGCCAGGCAACAAUAUUCGCGUUCUGCGGCAUCAAAGAGAUUUAUGUCCAAUCGCUGCAAAGCCUGACACUCAAGGCGAUUCCAUUAUCCUUCUUCCAAACGUACUUGAGGUCACAGCCAGGGUGUGCCGAUCACGCGAUACUGGCACAGAAGAACCACAAGGAGUUUAGCAGUCUUCGACAAGUACCAUCCAUUACGAAGAUGCCGCCCAGUAGCCGCGGAAGCAAAUGGACCCGUGGUCUGCGCUCAAAGAGAUCAAACUCAACAGAACUGACCUGGCAGACGGACGCUUGUUCGGAGAAGGGUCUUGUCAAUUACAGCACGACUUCUGCGCCCGAGCCUUCGACACAUCCUUGGGGAGGAAUCAUGGUCACUUCGACCCAAAACAUUCACGUGGACGAGACCAAGGACGGAGCGAAUGUAGAGCUGCACGAUCUUGGUGUAAGAGCCAAAGUCGGUAUGGCGGAAACGGAGCAGCAGACGCUGGCGGACCGACUAAUGUCUAUCACGACUGCCUUCCGCGACCCGCACGCGAUACAACGACCUGGCUACCACGGUAUCCGGAAGUAG